CUGAAAAGGGGAGAACUUGUAGCAACAUGGACCGCAUUAGUAGAUUACCUGAUGAACUUCUUUUGCUCAUUAUAUCAUUGCUUUCUAUGAAGGAUGCUGUUCGCACCUCUACUCUUUCGACAAGGUGGAGGCAUCUAUAUGCUUCGGUUUCUAACCUUGACCUUCGUUUCUCAGUUGAUCAUGUUGGUUUCAUGGAUUUUGUGGAUAGACUAUUCUUUUUGCGUAAAAGAUGCAUUAUAGAAAAUUUUCAUCUCUGUUGUUCACGGUCACUACCUCUUGAUCCUUCCCGCAUUGAAGGGUGGAUAUGUGCUGUAAUGUGGCAUGGGAUUCGAGAGCUUGAUUUAACUGUUGAUACUAUUGCUAAGCUGAAUCUUCCGACGAGUUUAUUUACUUGUAAGACAUUGGAGGUUCUGAAAUUGCAUGUGGAUUAUGAUUGUCCUAUAGAAAUCCCUGCCAAUGUUUAUCUGCCAAGUCUUAAGGUUCUUCACCUCACGAAUACUGCUUGCAUUUUAGAUGGUGAUUCUGGUGAAAGAUUGUUUCCUAACUGCCCAAUCCUGGAGGAUUUGGUCAUAAUCACUUAUGUCAGAUAUUUAAUUGGCUAUGAUCUAAGAGUUUGUAGUUCCACACUCAAGAGGCUGACCAUAGUUACCAAUGCUUUUCGUGAGCCAAGGGACCCUUUCCAGGUUUUUAUUAAUGCCCCAAAUCUUGUCUAUUUUAAAUACUGUGGUUGGGAAGGAGACACUUGUGCAUUUGUAAACGUGCAGUCUCUUCUUGUUGAAGCCGAUAUUGAUUUCCCGAAGUAUAGUGGAAACAAUCAUUAUCUUCAAAUUGCAACAGAUCUGAUGAGAGGGAUAAGCAAGGUUCAGACACUUUGUAUAUCUGCUAUGACUCUUAUUCAUCUUAAAGAGAAUCUCGUUCCAAUCCCUUUGCUCAAAAAUCUGAAAAUUUUGAGAGUUUUCCAUUGUGAAAUGCAAGGCUUGGAAGGGCUACCAUAUUUAAUUGGACGUUGUGAUUCUCUGGAAACCCUUGUUCUGGAGAUGGACUCUGAUAGAGCAAUGUUUGACUUAUUUAAAUGGGUUCCCGAGACAUGGCACGCUCUUGAGGAAUUGAGGGUCAACUGUUUGUUCACUUGCCUCAAAAAAAUUGAAAUUUUUACUUUCAAAGGGAAUGAAGAACAUAUGAAGAUGGUGGAAUAUUUUCUAAAAACUGCAAGUGUUCUAGAGAACUUGGAAAUACAUAUUUGGGCAAAAUAUGAAGAACGGUUGGAGAUCACUAAUGAGUUACUAAUGUUGCCAAGAGUCUCAAAAGAUUGCAGAGUCACUGUUGUCUAGGUCUCUCCAUCUUUCUUGUGCAUUUAAUUGUCUACAGUUGUUUAUUUGUUUACUUAAUCUCAUUUCAUCUUUUUAAGACAUGCUGGUUCUGGAUAUAAAUUCUUCUCUGUGGAUUAUGUAAACUGUAAACCUUUCUUUUUUCCGUGGUUCUGCCACUUAUUAUAUCUGUGAAACUAGGGUUGAAAGGUUUCCUGUUCAAAACUACCUUUACACUAACAAAGGCUACCCUGCUAAUAAAGGUGGUUUAGGGUG